ACCCGGGCCUUCAGCUCUGCUAAAGGAACGCGCGGAGGUGCCUGCGCAUGCGCGCCCGCGCCCCGCUGCUGUUUGGCGGUUUCCAUGGCUACGAAGCUCAUCGGCUAGGGAAACCACAGAGAGAAAAUGAAGCUGAAGAGCCUCCUGCUCCGGUAUUACCCGCCAGGAAUUAUGUUGGAAUAUGAAAAAAGGGGAGAAUUGAAGACCAAGUCCAUAGAUUUGCUUGAUCUCAGUCCCAGUACCAAUGUCAGUGCUUUAGUGGAAGAAAUCCAGAAAGCAGAAUCUCUAAUCACAGCUUCACGAACAGAGCAAGUCAAGCUUUUAAUACAGAGAUUACAAGAGAAACUUGGCCAGCACAGCAAUCACAAAUUCUAUCUCUUUAAGGUUCUCAGAGCUCAUAUAUUGCCAGUAACUAAUGUUGCACUUAACAAAUCGGGCACAUGCUUUAUCACAGGAAGCUAUGACCGGACAUGUAAGCUCUGGGACACUGCGUCAGGAGAGGAGCUGCACACCCUGGAGGGCCACAGGAACGUGGUUUACGCCAUUGCGUUCAACAAUCCUUAUGGUGACAAAAUUGCCACUGGGUCCUUUGAUAAAACUUGUAAACUCUGGAGUGUAGAAACAGGAAAAUGUUAUCAUACAUUUAGAGGACAUACAGCAGAAAUAGUGUGUUUAUCAUUUAACCCUCAAAGCACGUUGGUGGCUACUGGAAGUAUGGAUACAACAACUAAAUUGUGGGACAUUCAGACUGGAGAGGAAGUUUUCACUUUAGCAGGACAUUCUGCUGAAAUAAUCUCCUUGUCAUUUAACACCUCAGGAGACAGAAUCAUAACGGGAUCUUUUGAUCAUGCAGUGAUAGUGUGGGACCCUCAAACUGGAAGGAAAGUAUAUACCUUAAUUGGUCAUUGUGCUGAGAUCAGUGGUGCCUUAUUCAAUUGGGAUUGUUCUCUAAUAUUAACUGGUUCUGUGGACAGAACCUGCAUGCUGUGGGAUGCUACAAAUGGAAAAUGUGUGGCAACAUUAAGGGGGCAUGAUGAUGAAAUACUAGACAGUUGCUUUGAUUAUGCUGGAAAACUUAUUGCAACUGCUUCAGCUGAUGGAACAGCAAGAAUCUUCUGUACAGCCACAAGAAAGUGCAUUACAAAAUUGGAAGGCCAUGAAGGUGGAAUUUCAAAGAUUUCUUUCAACCCCCAAGGGAACCGUCUUUUAACUGGCAGCUCUGACAGAACAGCUAGAAUCUGGGAUGCCCAUACUGGCCAUUGCCUCCAGGUUCUUGAUGGACACACUGAUGAAAUCUUUUCAUGUGCUUUCAACUAUAAAGGCAACAUAGUCAUUACAGGCAGCAAGGAUAAUACCUGUAGAAUAUGGCGCUGACUGAAAGAAGCUCAUCGGAGAGCAAACUUGCUAGCAAUGGUGAUCAAGAACCUGAACAUCACAGAAAGCAAGUUGUUUUAAUAUUUCAUAUGCUUUCUAUUUUCUGCAAGUCAGCUAUUUAUACAUUCUGUCCUUAAUGUUACAGAUAUGAUCAUUAAAGAUGAUGAAGUUACAUUGUUUCUUGAUAUUAUUUGAUGGGAAUGAUAGAAAACAGCAUAAUGUUGGCUAAUGCCACCAGUUAUUUCAAUUGUGCUUUAUUUUUUUGGUAGCAUCAUGAUGCUGAUAAAUGAAACCAGAAGGAUUUGGCAAUGUGUCUCUUUGGAGGGUAUUGUUAUCAUUUCUGUUGAAUAAAGGUUUUGGAGAA